AUGGCAAUCACGAUACGUCAGGCCACCAUCGAAGACAUGGAAGGCAUGCAAAAUGCCAACCUCAACAACUUGCCAGAGAACUACACGUUCAAGUUGUACAUGUACCAUAUCUUAACCUGGCCGCAGGCGUCCUUUGUUGCAACGACCUCUGGGUCCGACUUGGUGGAAGCUGAAGACGAAGACUACAAACAAGAUCCUAAGCAGGACGCCCAGUAUGUGAGGAGGAACGAAAAGAUUGUCGGAUACGUCCUGGGAAAAAUGGACGACGAGCCCGAUGGAGACAAGACUCCCCAUGGCCAUGUGACAUCGCUAUCAGUCAUGCGGACGUACAGAAGAAUGGGAUUAGCCGAGAAGCUCAUGAGACAGUGUCUGUAUUCGCUAGCUGAAAACUACUUGGGAGAGUACGUUUCGCUUCACGUGAGGAAGUCCAAUAGAGCUGCGUUACACCUGUAUAAAGACACACUGCAAUUUGAGGUUCUGAGUGUUGAAAAAUCUUAUUAUCAAGAUGGAGAGGAUGCCUACUACAUGAAGAAGGUGCUGGUGUUAGAGGACCUCGUACCAAGCAAGUUCCAGAAAGCAGAGGAGACGGACGACUUGUCCAAGGAUUUAUUAGAGGAUAUCUUGCCUGAGGAAGUUUGA